AUGGCGGUCGCAGACGGGCAACCGCACCGGCCCCGGUCACCUCCUCGUACCUCACCCUCACCCAGCGCGCGCCAUGCCGAUGCGAAGUCGGCCUUGUUGUCACCAGUUCUGGCGGCGACGCCAUCGGCUGUCACCAUCUUCUGGCCGGAGCGCUUGGCAUGGAUCGACGCGCAGCCUGGCGCCAGGCAUCAUCGCGUCGAGCAGCUGCUCGUCGGUCGCAUCUUGCUCGGCGCACCUCACGAGAUCGCCGUCGUCGUGCUCGGCACCGUGUCGGAGCAGUACGACCAAGCUUCACCUGCAUCACGUCGGGAAGACCUAGUCGUUGUUGGAGCUUGUUCAACGCCCGGCUCUUCGGCUCAGCCGCAUCUCGCAAGUCGGUCCGCCACUGAGCUAUGGCUCGAGGUCGACUUGCCGCCCAGCUCGUUCGGACACGCCGGCGCCUGCAAGCUGUGGCGCCACUCACCCUGCCGACCGAUCCAUCUCAGAAGCAUCCGAAUGGCCGGUAACCGCACCUCAGCAAGGUGCCCACCCGUCGACCCGCAGACCACCGUCAGCGUCAUCUACUACCGCGCACCGGAUGCCGAGAUGCUGCAGUAUCUCGCCCUGGAGCCGCUCCGCCUCGGUCCCGUCUCCGGAUCGCGGCUUGCCGUACUGGGCGCCCUGCUUCUCGACGACGCUACGAUAGACGCCUUCUUCGACGCCCGCGACUCGCACUACGGCGCGACGCCGCUGCAGCGCAGGCUGGUCAAGCUCGUGAUGCUAGACCCGGCCCGGUGGACGGAGCUGAUCAGCGACGACCCGGCCUCUGGCCGCUGGCCCGAGGGGACCGCCUUUCGCCGCGCCAUCCAGUGCAUCAACAGCGCGGGCCGCAGCCCGCAAUUGGCCCGCCGCCACGACGAGGGAGUUGGUGCGGUGUCGAUGGAUGUUACGGCGUCGAUGCGGUUGCUGGAUGCCAUGGUCCGCCCUGCGCUGGCCGUCGCCGAAGCCAUCCACCGCCUGCUCAACGCCAAGCUCGCCGUGCCCUUCCGCAAAGGCAACCGGCCGACGCUGACCACCAUCUCGGCCUCGGCGCGGCAGCUAGAUGCUCGCCUCUCGCAGCUGCUGGUGGCGCCGAGGCUGGCGACACGCCUGCGCAGCCUGCGCAAGCGUCAGGUGCUACCGACAAGCGACCUUUCUGCACCCUACAUCGGCCUGUGGAAUAGCGUCUGGCUGGUUGCCAACGACGUGAUUCUGGGCUACGCGGUCAGCGUGCUGCUCGUCAACCACCGCUUCGCCAUCGCCGAAGCACUGCGGUACGGCCUGCGACGUGCCUUCGUCGACGACGUGCUGCGCCUCCUCGAUUGGCUGGGCGACUGGCCGGCCGGACUCAAGCUCAACACGGAGCUCUCGCUCUUCUUCCAGGACGCCUACUCGUCUUUCAUCGUCGCCUGGAGGGACCAGGUGCUGGAUGCGGUCGCGCCGCACCUCGAGGGCGUCGUGGUGGCCGUGGCGCUGGCGAGUCGGUUGAUGGGCAUCACGAUGUCGCUGUGCUUGCUCGAUGACGCUGUGCAGCUGCUGACGCUGCACAUCACCGUCUUCCACGGCUGCGCGCGGCGCGUCUUUCGCUUCCUCGUCACCGUCCUCUCGUCGCUGUUUGACCUCUUCCGCGGCAAGAAGCGGAACGCGCUGCGCGGCGGCCGACUCGACGAUGCGACCUACGAGCUGGACCAGCUGCUGCUGGGCACGAUCCUGUUCACGCUCUGCGCGUUCCUCGUUCCGACGUGCUACGUCUUCUACCUGGCCUUUGCCGUCAUACGGCUGGGCGUGGUGGCGUUCGAGGCGGUGGUGGUCGAGACGCUGCUGGGCCUGCUAAACCACCUGCCCCUCUUUGCGCUGAUGCUGCGGUUCAAGGAUCCCAGCCGUUUGCCCGCCAGCGUCAGGCUGGAGCCGCUCGCCGCGUCGAGCGGGGUCGAGGGCCACCGUCGGCGGUACGUUGCGGCUCACCACCUCGCCCUGCGGUCCAACGCGCUCGGAGUGGUCGACAUCUUUGAGGGAUAUAGCGACCACGUCAGGGGCAUCCUCGACCUGCCGCGCAUGGCGGCGAGGACGUUGCUCGGCCAUUCUCUGCGUCGUGAUCGACAUCGAUAG